ACAAAACCCGAAUAUCAACAAAACACCGCUUCGAUUCGAUUCGAACGAGUAUUUCACAUUUAUUGUUAAAAUUUUAACUCAUAUUCUGGUCUGUACAGGAAAUUGUAGGCAGUUCUCCUCAAAACAAUGGUAUCGACAAAGACCCAGGUGGAAGAACUGCAGGACUAUUUUAAAUCGCACAACAAAACACGAGAAGCGACCAAAGCUCAUACCGCUAAAGUUCACUCCGUUGGUUGGAAUUGUGAUGGACGCCGGUUGGCAUCCGGGUCGUUUGACAAAUCCGUCGUUAUUUUUACUCUAGAUCGUGAACGCUUGAAUAAAGAAAGUACUUAUCGAGGACACACGGGCUCAGUAGAUCAACUAUGCUGGCAUGCAUCGCUUCCGGAUUUGUUAAGUACUGCCAGCGGCGACAAGACUGUUCGAAUAUGGGACGCACGAGUCGGCAAAUGCGCCACGAUUAUAAAUACUAAAGGAGAAAAUAUCAAUAUUACAUGGUCACCGGAUGGAAACACUAUUGCAGUGGGGAAUAAGGAAGAUCUGGUGACAUUUAUUGAUGCCCGGAUGUAUAAGAUUCUGGCAGAAGAACAGUUCUCGUUUGAGGUCAACGAAAUCGCUUGGAGCAAUGGAAGUGAUUUGUUCUUUCUAACGAAUGGCCAAGGGUGUGUGCAUAUUUUGAACUACCCGGAUCUCAAUCUGCAACAAGUCCUGAAAGCACAUCCAAGUACGUGCAUAUGUAUUGAGUUUGAUCCCACGGGAAAAUACUUUGCUACCGGAUCAGCUGAUGCUUUAGUUUCCUUAUGGGAUGCCGAAGAACUGGCCUGCUUAAGAGUUUUUUCCCGGUUGGACUGGCCGGUAAGAACGAUUUCUUUCAGCCAUGAUGGUAAACUGCUUGCUUCGGCUAGCGAAGAUCUUAUUAUUGACAUCGGGGACACUGAAACGGGCGAAAAAGUGGCGGAUAUUUCGGUAGAUGCGGCCACAUUUACGGUCGCUUGGCAUCCAAAGCAAUACAUAUUGGCUUAUGCGUGUGACGAUAAGGAUACUAACGACCGACGACGUGACGCGGGUAGUUUGAAAGUCUGGGGUUUCACCGAAUAGUUAUGUAUUCCCUAAAUAAAUUAAUAAAACAUUUUUUCUCAAAUAAAA